CGGAACUUUUCUCAGGAUCGUGAAGAAUGGUCGGAAAGGGAUUUCCCUUGGCCGCGGUCAUCGUCGCCGCGUGCGUCCUGGAGUUCGCCCGUUCCGCCCUCGUGGCCCACUAUUACCUUGUCACCGUGGUCACGUUCGACACUUCCGGGUCUUCCGUAGCAUGUACCAUUUACGAUGACAUGACAUUGCCUCAAAGGGACUCCCAUCUGGCCAGCCUCACGGCCGCAGGAUACACCGGGACCGCCGUGGACUUCGAGACGAUCCUGCAGGACAUCGACAACUGCACCCAGUCGACCCCAGGGAAGAUCGACUCGACCAAGAAUGGAUUCAGCGUCUUCGUGGCCAUCAAACCAGGUACCCGUUGGUGCGGAUCGGGGGACAAAGCAGAUUCCUUCGACAAUCUCGGGAAGGAAUCCCAGGUCGAUCGAUGCUGUCGGGCCCACGACUUUUGCCCCAUCUACAUUUCGAGCAAGACCACGAAGUACGGCCUCUACAACUCCAACUCCUUCACCAUGUCUCACUGCGACUGCGACACGCACUUCAAGAAUUGCUUGAAGAAGUUGGGGACCUCAAAAGCGGACAGCACGGGGAAGACGCUGUUCGACGUGCUCAAGGCUUCCUGCGUCCAGUUCAAGAGCGGCACCAACAGCACCGGCGGAUGCAGCUUGGACGAUUACAAUUGUCAAGUGGCCAACAUCACUCUCGUCCAGCAAUCCCCCGUGUCUUACAAGAACUCCCGCUGGAUCUGGCGAGAUUUCCUGAACACUCGGACCGCCUUGAACUUCGCGACGAUCCUCCAGGACAUCCACGACGAUCCUCCAGGACAUCCACGACGAUCCUCCAGGACAUCCACGACUGCACCCAGGCCACCUCCGGGGAAAAUGGACUCGAGCAAGAACGGAUCGAGCGUUUUCGAGGCCAUCAAGCCAGGAGAAGGGAUCGAAGAAGGAAAAAAGCUGACGUUCGGGUUUCCAGGUAACGUUUGGUGCGGAUUCGGAGACAUCGCCACUUCCUUCGACAAUCUCGGCAAAGAAUCCCAAGUCGAUCGAUGCCGUCGGGCCCACGACUUCUGCCCCAUCUACAUCCCGUGCGGUUCCACGAAGUAUGGCAUCACCAACUCCAACUCCUUCUCCGUGACACAUUGCGACUGCGACGCGAGCUUACGGAGCUGCUUGAAGAAGCUGGGGACCCCGAAGGCGAACGGCACGAGGAAGACCCUGUUCGACUUGCUCAAGGCUUCCUGCGUCCAGUUCAAGAACGGCACCAAUAGCACCGGCGGAUGUGCCUUGGACGAUUACAAUUGUCAAGUGGCCAACAUCACUCUCGUCCAGCAAUCCCCCGUGUCUUACAAGAACUCCCGCUGGAUCUGGCGAGCGUCAUUCCUCCUCAGAUCCUUGUUCCAGGAGCCGUGCUCACACCGCAACGCGUUUCGUCGAGAGACCAUCAACCCGGAUCGGUGCGACGAAGGCGACCCCGCGUCCGUCUCUUGGGGGGGCCACGCGAGGACUGCCCGCUCUCCCGCUCAGAAUCCCAUUGCGAGGUGGAAUCAGACUCGAUCCGUGGAGCGGAGGUUUUUCUCGGAAUCGUGGAGCAUGGGCGGGGGCGGGGAGAAGUCGCUUCCCUCCGCCGUCGUUCUCGUCAUCGCCUGCGUCUUGGAGUCCGCCCGUUCCGCCCUCGUGGCCCACUAUUACCUUCUCACCGUGGCUGCGCUCAACAGUUCGGCCGACGGAUCUAUUCAAAGAUGCGCCGUCUACGAGGAGAGCACAUUGGCAAGAAGGAACGCCUGCCUCGACACCCUCACGGACCAAGGAUACAUUCGGACCGCCGUGGACUUCGCGACGAUCCUGCAGGACAUCGACGACUGCUCCCAGGCCACCCCGCGGAAGAUCGACUCGAAGAAGAACGGAAUCAGCGUCUUUCGGAUCAUCAAACCAGGGACUCGUUGGUGCGGAGCGGGAAAUCACGCCGACUCCUUCGACCACCUCGGGACGGAAACGAAGAUCGAUCGGUGCUGUCGGGCUCACGAUUUCUGCCCGGUGUCCCUCGCAAGAAAGACCAGAGCCUACGGCAUCUACAACUUCAAUGGCUUCACCGUAUCUCACUGCGACUGCGACCUGAGCUUCCGGAACUGUCUUAAGAAGGUGGGGACAGAGGCAGCAGAUCAGACGGGGAAGACGCUGUUCGACGUGCUCAAGGCUCCCUGCGUCCAGUUCAGGAGCGGCACCAACAGCACUGGUGGAUGCGGCUUGGACGAUUACGAUUGUCAAGUGGCCAAUAUCAUCCUCGUCCGAGAAAAUCCCGUUUCUUACAAGAAUUCCCGAUGGAUCUGGCAUGGCUACUACCACGUUGCUCUCAACUUCUGA